GAGUACGGAGUAGUGGCCAUUGGUUGGGAGGAGUACGGAGUAGUGGCCAUUGGUUGGGAGGAGUACGGAGUAGUGGCCAUUGGUUGGGAGGAGUACGGAGUAGUGGCCAUUGGUUGGGAGGAGUACGGAGUAGUGGCCAUUGGUUGGGAGGAGUAUGGAGUAGUGGCCAUUGGUUUUAGCAGUUAGUAGAUCAUUAGUGAGUUUUAGUAGGGCGGUGUCAGUGGAGUGUAGCGAUGAGGUGGGAGAUCAGGCGAUUGUAGACUAAGUGUUCUAGGAGUUUAGAGGUAAAUGGCAGCAGGGAGAUGGGUCUUAAGUUGUUCAGGUUGGUGGGG